AUCCGCUUGACUCGUGCCCUGCUCAGCUAAAUUGUACUGAAAUGAUCUUUACAGUCAUUAUUCCCGAUGAUAUUGCAAACUUCGACGACCUACACCGGACAAAGGGGCGCGAGCGAGUUUACAGAAAAAAAUCAACGUCAGCUAUGGAUGAGGAUACCUCUCAUCAGGAGGGCCAGGAGGGCACCGAGUUGCGGGAUAAGGAGGAAACGGACGAAACACAGACAUCAUUACCAGUUGACAUGUGUUACAGUUAUGAGGAGCUUCACUCCAAACCAUUCAUCACACCCGAGUCUGACAUUCCAGAGAACCUCCUGGUCUUCUCUCACUCAUUUGGCUACGACUGUGGGCGCAGAGCUAACCUGCAGCUGCUGGAUGAAAGAACUCUGGUCUUUAUAGCUGGUCAGCUGCUCAUCUUGCUUGAUGUUUGCACCAAGCAACAGAGAUACAUGCGCUCCUGCAGUGGUGGUGGAAUUGGCUCCAUUGGGGUAAGCAAUAGGAAAGAAUAUUUAGUCGUGGCAGAGAAGGGAAGAAAACCCACCUUGAUAGUGUAUAAAUAUCCUUCCUUACAAGCAUACCGCAUCCUGAGAGAUGGUACACAGCGUGCAUUCAGCUCUGUGAACUUUAACAGUGAUGGGAGUCUUCUGGCCAGCCUGGGCAGUGCACCAGACUACAUGCUGACAGUGUGGAACUGGAGGCAGGAGGAAGUUAUGCUCAGGUGCAAAGCCAUUUCUCAGGAGGUGUACAAAGUGAGCUUCUCCCCAUACAACCCUGGACUGCUGACAUCAUCAGGAUCUGGACACAUUAAAUUCUGGAAAAUGGCCAGCACAUUUACAGGUCUCAAACUGGAAGGGCUUAUAGGCCAUUUUGGAAAAACUGCAGCUACAGAUAUUGAAGGCUACAUCGAACUUCCUGAUGGAAAGGUGGUGUCUGGCUCAAACUGGGGAAAUCUGCUGCUGUGGGAUGGAAAUGCCAUUAAAGUAGAGCUCUGCAGCAAGGGCGGACAGUGUUGUCAUGCAGGGGUUGUCCAGCCUUUUGCCCUGGAGGAUGGGCAGCUUAUGACCUUUGGCGCUGAUGGAAUGAUACGGGGCUGGGACUUUGAGACCAUCGACGCUGCUGACAGUAGCAGUGAAAACAGCAGGUUUGAGAUGGAGCCCAUGAAUGAGAUGGUGGUUGGGCGCCAUGUCUGCCUUUUUUCAAUAGUGAAAAGCUCACAGCCUGAUUCUACAAUUUGGUAUGCUCAGGAUACCAAUGGAGCCAUUUGGAAAGUGGAUCUUUCAUUCACAUACACAACUCCUGAUCCCGAGUGCCUGUUUUCCUUCCAUGCUGGGGCAAUCAACGGCCUUGAUGUAUCAAAGAAGAGUCAUCUCAUGGCCACGACUGCUCUGGACCGUUCAGUCAGAGUCUUUGACUUUCUGGCAAAAACAGAACUGACUUGUAACCGCUUCACUCAGGGUGGAACUGCUCUCCACUGGGCCCCACCUAUGGUGAACCAGACUGGAAGUUUACUGGUGACUGGCUUUGAAGAUGGUGUGGUGCGCUUACUAGAGCUUUAUGACCCUUCAGGCCUUCAAAUAGUAACCAGGCACAAUGUUGAGGCCCAGCUGCGCCUCAAACAAGCCUUUAAACCUCAUAAUGCCCCUAUAACCACAGUUGCAUAUGAAUGCAAUGGAGCGAUCUUAGCCACUGGGAGCUCAGACUCCACUGUGUUCUUCUUCACUGUCGGAGAAAAAUAUGAGCCAAUCGGUUUUGUCUGUGUUCCUGGACCAGUACAGGUACUGGAGUGGUCACCUCAUUCCCAUCAUGAAAACAGUCUGCUAAUCCUGUGUCUAAGUGGUCAUGUUGUGGAGGUACAGUGUCCUGAUCCUAAAACCCAGCAGACAGGCAAAUCCUACCAACUACUUGAACUGCCCAGAAGAACCUUUCGCUUCAAGAGCAUCAAAUCUCGAAUUAGGAGAGAGGAGGAAAUAGCAAGACGACAAGCAUUAAAAGAAAAGCGAAAGAAGGAACGAGAGGAAAAUGAGAUCACAGAUGAAGAAGAAGAAGAGGAAGAGGAAGAGGAGGCGUUGCCUCGUAUCUAUAUCCCUGACCCUCCAAGUCCUCUCUACUGGGGGUUCUACUCAAAGCCUGGCCAAUUCUGGCUCUCAAUGGGAGGAUAUGACUCUGGUUUUUUGUACCACUGUAAGUUCUCUGAGAAUCAGGAUGAAAAUUCAGAAAAAUGUCUGGUUGAGCCAUUUGACUUCCUGGCUAUCCAAAAUGCUGAUGGUGACCCUAUUCGUUCAGUCACCUUCAGCUCCAACAGACAGCUGAUGUUCUGCGGCAUGCACUCAGGCUCCAUCAGAGUUUAUCCUUUGGAUCCCGAUGAUCACGCCCUAACCUCUAUGCAGCCGUACUGGGAACUGAGCAUUCAUGACAGUAAUUAUGGAUACUUGCGGCACAUCUGUUGCAGCCAUGAUGACCAGUUUGUGCUGACAGCAGGAGAUGAUGGGAACAUCUUCUCCUUCAGCCUGCUUCCUGAUGAGGAGCUGCAGAAAGAACGGCAGAAAAAAAAGGCCAAGGUUCCUUCACCAAGGGUGGGUUUGGAGAAUGAGGUGUUAGCCAAAGACAUUGAUGACCCAGCUGCCUACAGCAUAGAGACAGCCAAACAGAAGCUAGAGAAAGACCGCAGGCGUCGGGAAGCUGACAAGACGAUAUUCGCCAAACGAAAAAGGCUUGCUGCGUUCCAGAACAAGUUUAAAAUACUACUGAAUGAAAACCUUAACUUGCCAGGACACAAUCAGCUGACUCCUCUGGAACUGCUGUUGGACCAACGUUUCGAAGACCAAGCUGAGAGUGAGAAGAUUACGCGAUUAAAUGAAGUCCAGUACCAGAUGAGUUGGCAAGAGGAGCAUUCCCAUUUAUCACUCAAAAAGCUACAAGACUGGUUCAUUGGCUCUUCACAGUCUAAAAUUGUCACUGUGUUCGCCAUCCGCACUGACCACAGAGUCUCAACCUACCAUAUUCCAAGUCUUUCUUCAACUCGGCUCCAACAGCAGAGCAGUUCCAGCAAUUCUGGUGUUAAUGAAACCGCUCUGGCUGAAUGUCAAAAAUCCACAGACCAACCUGAAAAAGACAGUAGUGAAACAGAUGAGGAUGAUGCGCCUCCUACCCCUGUGUCUCGUGCUGGGGUACAGGUAGCAGAUCGGCAGGUUGAAAGGCUCCAAAAAGCUGCAGAGAAAGCUGAACAAGCACGAGCCAAGAUUGCGAAAAGAAAGCAGGAAUGGGACAAACUUUAUGCAGAGAAGCCACAUAAGGACUGUGAAGAUCCACGAGACGUGCAGGCCAUCUGUGAAGCCAAAGAGCGCAUUGGAGACUUGAAACUUAAAACAGACAAAAACUUCACCGUGCCAAAACACCUACGAAUGAGUGCAAACAGAAAGAAAGUUGAGAUGAUAAACCUGGAGGACAAUAUACGUGAAAAACAGACUGAGAUGAACCGAGAGAUUUUGGCCUUGCGGGACUUCAAACUUCUCCUUUUGUCAAAACUGGGAACCCAGGCUAAGCAGUUCCAGAGAAUCCAGAAUCAUUUGCCAUCACAGCUCCACUGCUGUCCACCCCCUCCACCCACCGUACGACUCGAGGAAGUACCUGAGAAGAGCCUGCAAUGCACCCGAGCCAUCCUAGAGAGAUAUAGGGUGCUGAGGGAGCAAAGGUUAAAGGAUGCAGAGCUCGAGGAUCAGGAGAGUGGAACGAGUGUGGUGGAUGAGCUAGAAAAGGAGAUUGAACUACUGGAGGAAAUGGAAAAUGAAUCAGGUUCAUCUCCAGAGGAGACCGCAGGGGAGGAAGAAGAGCUGAAUGAUGAAGAGCUCCAAAAUAUGAAACAGGACGCAUUGCUAGACAUGCGGGACUUUCUGCUGGAACAGAUGAAGAUCUUGGUGGAUCAAUUUGAUAAGGAGCACCUGAUGUGUCUUGAGAAGGUACAGAUGCUGGACUGGAAGCUAAAACUUGGUAAUCUCCGUCAGUUGACGCUCUAUCAGGAGCUGUUGCUCCUCAAGGAGGUGGACAAGAGUGAGAAGACUCUGCAGGACAAACUUGACAAACGUCUGAAGGAGGAGGAUGACCUAAUGUCCGAGCUGGAAAAGUAUAGGAAGGCGCUGGAACUGAAGCGUAAAGACAUAGCAAAACGUCAGGAGAAAGAGAAAGCUAAUACUGCAGCCUUCCAUGCCUUGCUAGGUGAUGACAACAACUUUGAAGAGUAUCUGACCAAAGUUUACAAGAAGAAAAUCAAACGUGCCAAGAAGAAGGAGCAAGGAAGUGAAGAGGAGGACGAAGACAGCAAUGAUGACUUUGAUGAUUAUGAAAACUGGGAUGAUGAUGACGACGAUGAUUGGGAUGCGUUAGAUGGAGAUGGUGCUGUGGAAGAAUGCCCUCCAGGGUGUGACCCAAAACUGUUUGACGACGUACUGGAGCUGCGUGAACGUCGCCUGGAUCUGGAAGAGCUGCUGGCAGAGGAGAAGAAGAAUGCUGAACAGCUGGAGAAGGAGUGUGACGCCCUUGUAAAGAAGAUGAAAUCAGUGAAAAUCAGUCUUAAGGCAGCAGAGGAUGACUUGGAGGAAGUCAACAGGGAGAAACAGCAGAAAAUGAACCAACUAGAGGUUGUGGUUCCUCUCAGGCUGCACCAGAUUGAGAUUGAUAUCUCCGCCCAAGUGCCUUCAGACCUCAGCCCGGCGUUGGUUCUCACUAGGAUGGAGCUACAGCGGCUGCAGGAGCGAGUGAACGAGUUGGAGGUAGAGAAGCUUCAGCAGACAGAGGUGUACCGUCAGGCCCGUCAGCAGCAUAUCAGGCUCAUCAAAGAACGCAAGGACAUGAGCAAUGAGAUCCAGUCGCUAGAGAAGCUGUGUCACCAGUUGAUGAUGACAAGGUUUGGGAGAGAGGUGGAUAUGGAGGUUCUGCAGACCCUGUGUGUUAACAAGACAGUUGCAGAGAUGAAGCAGGAAAAAAUCUUGCGAGACAUUGCAAAUGCCAAAGACAUUCAACAAUGGGAUAGAAAAGUAGAAAAGGCUCGUGAAACGCUGAUGGGGAUGACAAGGAGCAACUCAGAGCGCCUCCUCUGCUUGAAUAGCCUCUUUGAACAGAAGAAGGAGCUGGAGCUGAAACUUUACUCAAGACAAAAGAAAAUUGGCAAGCAUCUUCAGGCCUGCAGCAGACGGGCAGACAGAGGACAGAUCUGGAGUCUUCAGGAGCUGGUGAGAAAACAGUCUGAGCAGAUAGAGAGGCUAUCCAAAGAGAUCAGUGGUCUUGGACCUACAGGAGGACACAUGCUUCCCUCUGGCCAUGCACAUCUACCGCCGCUUCCUCCUCGGUCCACCCCCACAGUCCAUAAAUGUACCAGAAUACGAGGAAAAUUUAAACCUGGUAUAAAGGAAGAGGACACUACUGAAAGUGAGACAAAUGACUAAAAAUGGAAUCUACUUUUUCAUUAUUAUGGGCCUUCUUAUGAAGCAAAUCAUGACCACUGACUGCUGCUAAACUGUAGACAAAUUACAUAACCCGAGGGCCACCUGUGCUAGUUAUAAUUUUUUUCAACGUAAUUCCACAAAUGAAUGGGGAGCUCAUGGAAAAGUGAUCAAAUCAGACCAAUCAUUUUCAGGGGUUGGAAUUGUACUUGUCCAUCCUCAGUAAGGCACUUUUGUGUCGCAUAGACUUAGAUUUGACUAAGUCUUGAACCAGCUGGAAUGCGCUGAAACAUCUCCAUGGAGUCGUGGUAGCAUUUAAUAAUUUCUCAGGGAGAAGUCAAAUGUGAACACUUCACCAACAGUUUGUUCAUGAGAAGCAAAUGUUUGAGAUCUUUCUGAAUGAAAUACACAUUGUGUCACAAAAAACAGUAACUGAUAUACAGCGGCUGAAAUAAAUAUUUAACACGUCACCAUUUUUGGUGAUAUAGACCUGAACAGUUCACCAGAUGUUGGGAACAUCCCAAGUAAUCCAUACAUACAAAGAAAGUAGAACAAAUAAGAUCAGAAAUUAAGUUGUAUGGAAAAUUGUGAAAUGACACAGGAAAAAAGUAUUGAACACAUGAAGAAAGGGAGGUGCAAAAGGCAUGGAAAGCCAAGACAACACCUAAAAUCUAUCAAUAAUCAAACAGCAAUCCAGCCCCUUGUCAGUGAAAAUGAAUAUCAGCUGGUUCAGUCCUAAUUGAUGGCCUACAAAAAGGUCUCAUUGCCAAGGUGUGAGUCAAGGCACAGCUCAUGAUGGGUAAGAGCAGAGAGCUUUCAAGACCAGCACAAACUAAUUGUUGCAAAACAUAACAUUGGUUACAGGCGUUGGUUGAUAGUAACAUUGGUUACUAUCUAAGCUUCUGAACGUUCCAGUGAAAGUUUGGGGCCAUAAUACACAAGUGGAAAGCCAAUCAUACCACCAUAAAUUUGUCUCAAUCAGGUACUCCUCGCAGGACAUCUGACAGGAGUGCAAAGAAUAAUCAGAAGAGUUGUCCAUGAGCCAAGUAUUACCUGUGGAGAGCUUCAAAAAGACCUGGAAUUAGAAGGUACUGUUGUCACAAGGAAAAUAGUGAGUAAUGUACUCCACCGCCAUGACCUGUAUGCAUGCUCACCACACAAGGCCCAAUUGCUGGGGGAAAAAAAGCAUCUUAAAGCUCUUUGCUGAACAACAUUUAGACAAGCCAGUUUAAUACUGGGCAAGUAUAGUCUGAUCGUAUGAGAGCAAAAUUUAACUGUUUGGAUGCCAUAAUGCACACCACGUUUGGAGGAGAAAUGGCACUGCACAUCACCCUAAAAACACCAUACCAACAGUCAAGUUCAGAAGUGGGAACAUGAUGUUAUGGGGCUGCUUUUUAGCAAAUGGUACUGGUAAACUUCACAUUAUUAAAGGAAGGCUGAAUGGACAAAUAGACCGAGACAUUCUUGCCAAAAAUCUGCUUCCAUCUACGAGGAUGAUGAAAAUGAAACGAGGAUGGACAUUUCAGCAGGGUAAUGAUCCAAAACAUACUGCCAAGGAAAUUCUCAGUUGGUUUCAAAGAAAAAAGAUAAAGCUGCUAGAAUGGCCUAGCCAAUCACUUGACUUGAAUCCAAUCCAAAAUCAAUGGAAAGAACUGAAACGCAAGGUCCAUAAAAGAACCCCAUGGAACCUUCAAGAUUUGAGGACUGCUUGUGUGGAGGAAUGGGCCAAAAUCACACCAGAUCAAUGCAUGUGACUAGUUUCUCCAUACAGGAGGGGCCUUGAAGCUGUCAUAGCAAACAAAGGCUUUUGUACAAAGUAUUAAAUACAUACCAGUUGGCAUGUUCAAUACUUUUUUUCCUGUGUCAUGUCACAUUAUUACACACAACUUAAUUUCUGAUCUUAUUUGUUCUACUUUCUUUGUAUGUAUGGAUUACUGAAAUUGACAUGAAAUUUUCAUGUCAAUAGCACCUUUGGAAAUAUAUUUAUGAUGAGAAAAAAAUGGUCAAAUACUUAUUUCAGCCGAUGUAUCAGUUAAUCUAUUCCAUGAGUCUGCCUUUGCUAUGUUAGUACUAGAUACCAGUUAGCAUUUUUCUGGUCUCAUUAGGUAUCUGAAAGAGUACCUGCAUGAAUGAUGGAGACAAACUAGAUUUAAGUGUUUCAUUGUCUAUUGUUAUUUUCAUGUCAAAAUAAAUGUUUAA